CCGCCGAGGGGGGAAGAGGAGCGCACCGUCGGGCCCCGCGCCCUGCUCCGGAAGGGUCCCGCGCAAGGGCAGGACUCCCACUUGGCGUGGCAGAACUUCACCGCGGCCGAAACGUUUUGGAGGCACCGGCCAGUGCAAAAGGUGUGCGUGGGCGUGGGACCGUCUUCGUUGGAGGGCUUCCAAGAGCUCUGCGUUUCCCCCUCUCCCGGCUGGAGGGGGGGAGGGCGAUGGCAGGGUCCGGCCAGCUGGCAUUCCUGGUGACCAUCUCUCUACAGUCCCUCCUUCCCUCUGUGCUUGGCCAAGCCACAAACAGCACAGUGGAGCCCACGUCGACCUCUGCUCCGUAUCGCCUUUCGAGCUCGGAACUCGCUGCAGCCAUUGCUGUCCCGGUUGUCUUUUUUGGGCUGCUGCUGAUCGGCCUCUUGAUCUUCAUGGGACUCAAGGUCCGGGAGAAGCGCCAGACCGAAGGCACCUACCGGCCAAGCAGCGAGGAGCAGGUGGGUGCCCGCGUGGUGACGAAUUCCAACCUCAAGCUGCCUCCUGAAGAACGACUCAUCUGAAGCGGGGAGCGAGCGCUGCUCUGGGGCGAUACUUUGCGCCGAGCCUCUUGGGACUUAAAAAGCGAGACGGAUCUUCUGGCUGCAAACUGCCCUCGAAGAGAAAGAUCCCCAUGGCUGUUGAGGGGCUUUGGAGGAAGCCGAGUGCCGGCUGCUGUCGCUUGACACACCGGCAAACUCAGAUCUCUUUUCUGCCUGCUUGUCGAACAGAGAUGGCUAGCUGGUGCCAACUGCCUGGUGCGGGACUCUCCUUUCUUUGUGCCGCACGAAAUGAAGAACUCUCCUCUCUGCCGGUGGAUUGUGCAGGGUUGCUGCUGGAGCCAGUGCUGGUGAUGGCUUUGCGGGUCUAGGAAAGCAUGCUGGAGUUGCCGUGUGGCUUUCUGAGGCUUGCCACUGGUGGUCUGAUGCGUGUGUGUGGGGAAGUGGGGGUCAGAGUUGUAUAUUUAAUUUUUUUUUAAAGCAAGUGGAUUGCACUAUGCCUUGAAGGGUGACACUAUUUAAUAAAAAAGAAAACGCA